GCCAGAUGGGUACGAGGUCUGAAUCCAACCAAACCUGUUAUAGGUCUUUAGAAUCCAUGGCAACUUCUACAUACUCUUGUUUCAAUGUUGUCUGAAAACAGUCUCAAUAACAGGGCAGUCUGAGUAAGUUUUUAGCACCUGAAGAUAGGAAACAGAGAACUAAUUACCAGGACGGUACUGCUAUGUCGUCCUUGAAGCAGAGGUCCGCACCGAAAUUUCAGCCGAGCAGUAUUCUGUUGGACAAGAGGUGGAAGGAGCACGACUACCUUUUGCAUACAUAUCGGCUAAAAGUACUGCAAGGCCAGCCAACAUCGAUACCCAAAUAUCAGCCGUUUCCAGAAAGCCCGAGGUACGGCAGAGCCAGCGAACUUGAAAUGAUAAGCUCAAGGAAAGAAAUUGAAGCUAAGCCCAAGAUGUUUGUAGAGAGAAACACAAAAUCUGCUAAAAGUGACAGAAAAAGGAUUGAUGUCUACGUUCGUCCAGCAGCAUCAGCAGGACCAGGCCAAAGAUCCCGGCCUCAAAGUAAAACAAAAAACGAAAUAUCGACAUCUCGUAGCAAUGCAAUGUCAACACCAGGGAGAAAAAACCCCAAACCACCCCAAAGAGACAAGUGGACAGGAACUACAACUCGAAGAUCGGACUACAGUUUGUCAGCACAGAAUGAUCAUUGGAAAAAACAUCUUUAUUAUCGCGAGGUUAUUCUCGGAAGGAGAGUAAAGAAAAGCCCAAGGCGAAUUAAGCCAAAACCUGAACCCGAACCUGAGAGCUCUGAAGAUGAGAUAGAAGAAGAGCUUGACAAUAUCAAUGGACCUUCAAACCCACAUUCAAUCAAACCCCCAAUUCCGCCACGAAAUGACCCUACUCCAGAUCCCCAAGAUCCAAUGGAGGUUGAUGACGAAUAUGAGGAAGACGACGAGAGCAACAGGAACAUGAGAAUACCAAAAAGACCUUCACUCAAGCCAAAAGAUUUCAUUCCACCUUCGCAGCAGUUGAAGAUUGUAAGAGACGCUGAGCCCAGUAGUGAUUCGUCUUGGAGUGAUUCGGAUUCAGACGGGGGGCCAAAUUUGAUUUUGCGUGAUGGUAAGCCUGGACAAAAGUAUGUACUGCGUGGCAAAAAGCAUAGAAGAAGAAGAGGAAGCAUAUCCGAGGGGUUCGACAGCACGGACUCAGAGGAUGAUGAAAUGAUUCUAACCAAACAAUAUUUGAAAAAGCCACAGACUCCUAUUGAUUUUAUGGAUACAAAAAAUGACGAUUCCUCAGGUGACAGUUACGAUGAAUUUGGGAGGUUGAAGAAGAGAUACAAACGGCCGGAUUCAGCUGCUGGGGAGGAGAUUCUACCGCCUUUGGUGAUUGAACCAUGUGAUUUCGGAGAUGUCAAUCAUACCAAAGCAAGGCUUGAAAAAGACACCAUUAUUAUAAGGGAAGCUCUUGUAAAGACACCAGAACCGGAUCUUGAAGUUGUCGUUGACACGAUAAUUGGUCAUAAAAACACAAACAGAAGGUGGAUAAGAAAAAUGUAUAGAGAUGAAUAUCUAGAGAGUCUGUUAACGCAAGUUCGAAAGUUGCUGCCAGCAGAUAUUGCCAGUGUUGUUUCUUAUAUGAUGCUUCCUCCGGCCGAAUAUGACGCAAUGUGCUUAAGAGAUGCCAUGAAGGGAUUGCAAAAGGAACCGGAAGUUCUGAUGGAAAUUUUAUGCACAAGAGACAACGAGGAAAUUGCAGCCAUCAAGACUUGCUACAAGCGUCGCUAUGCUGAAGAUCUCAUGGAUGAUCUCGAAGACGAGACGACUGGGUCUUUCCAAAGGAUGUUAUUGACACUUGCAGUGGCCAAUCGAGCAAUUGACGGUGGUGAACCGAAUAAAGAAGAGUCAUUGGUCACGGCAAAGGCACUUUUCGCUAUACUGGGAGUUGCAGGCGAUCAGAUGGAGAGAAAGUUUACUGAAGUUUUUGGCAAGCUUGGCUACGCGACUCUUCGAACAAUCCUGUCAGAAUAUAGAAAGUUUAAGCACCAUGAUCUUGAAAAUGACGUCAUUAAUCAUUUCACCGGAAACAUGCGCAGAUGUCUUCUCACUAUAAUUCAAUACAUACAGAACCCACCUGGAUAUUUUGUUGAGAAGUUACAUGGAACACAUUACGGAGGACUUGAUGAUGACAAAACUAUAACGAGAAUUAUGAUAAGCAGGCAAGACCGCGAUUACAAAAUGAUCAAAGAACUAUUCAAGUUGAGAUAUGACAUGGAUUUGUUUGAUUACAUCAAAAACACGUGCCAUUCGACACAACGCGGCCUUAUGAUGAGAAUCAUUGCAGGCCUACUCCCAGCAGAACAGAGGAAGCUCCUCAUGUCUAAAGUGCCCAAGCUUGUCGUCCCAGCCGAUAUGGUGACAUUUAACAAACGGCUUUCACUUAAUGAUGCCAUAACCAUAAUUCUUCGAAAGAUUCAAGUCUCAAGUACUUUGCUCAAAAGUCUCAAUCUAAGAAGAGAGCGCAUUGCCAAACUUGAGGAAGAGUCUGUUGUUGAACUUGAGCUCGACUACGAAGAAGAUGAAGAUGAAGAUGUUGCUCCAAAACCUAAGGAAGAAGAAAAUUCAGAUGGAGAAGGGGGUGGGAAAGAAGAUCAAGAAGAAUUGAGAAACAAUUUGAAGAAUUUAGAUUUCAAAGAUGCAGAUGAUGAAGGUGGCGAAAAGAAGAAAUCCGUUCUUGCAAAUGUUUCAUUUUCAACUGCAGCCAGAGGGAUGAAUAGACAAGAAAAUCGAGUUAAAUUUAAAGGUGAAACGGACGGUAGUGACAAUGACAGUGGCUCUGCAUCCGGGUCAUACCGUAGGGGGAGUGUGAAAAGCCAUAGUCUACCACAACCUGUGCAAGAUCCCUCGUUUAUUGGAAGGCGAGACAGCAACUUCUUUGAAAAGGUUGUCCCAUUUAUAAAGGGAAGGAGGAAGAAGUAUUAUCGAGGCACAAUACAAGGCAUUCCGAUGGAUGAGUUCAAUGCCCUUAAAGAUGCACAGGCAAUUGGACGAGCUAUGCUGCAAAAGACUCGUAAUGUUGAUGGAAUCUUGAAGUUUAUCAUCUCACGUAACAACGCGCAAAGACAACUGAUUGUCCGGGAAUUUUUUAGGAGAUACAGAAGGGAUCUUGUGGAUGAUUUGCGAUUCCUAACGGGUCCUGAGAUGGAGGACUUUAUUCUUGGAUUAAUGCUUGCCCCAGAGGUCUACGACUCUUCAGGAAUAUUUGAAAUUUGGAAUUCCAAACAGGAAGUGGGUGAAGAAGAUGAAAAUUCAGAGGCACUAACCGAUGCAAUGACGGAAAUUUUGUGCACCAGAGGAAACGACGAAAUUAACGUCAUUAAAAGAGCAUACCAAGGAAUAUUUGGAAGAGACCUACAAGAAGAUAUAGAGCAAGUCACAUCUGGAUGGAUACGAUUUCUGUUCAAUCGCAUCAUGAAGUGUGAUCGUGAUGAAGGAGACAUUGUUGACGAUAAAUUGGCGCAAAAAGAUGCAAGCAAACUUUUCGAGGCACACUCAAGAAAAGAUCAAGAUUAUGACGUUUACAUUGACAUUUUGACAUCGAGAAACUCUGCUCAUCUGAAUGCUACAUUUCAGCAUUUUGCAAAGAUUACUGGCAGUGAUAUUUUGGAAUAUCUUGAGGCAGACAUCAGUGGUGACUUUCUAGAAGCUCUGACAGCUAUUAUUUGCAACUCCCGUGAUGCACCAAUGUAUUUCUGUGAAAGAAUUUACCAAGCUAUGGCUUUUCAUCCAAUGGAUGUAAAAAUGCUUGUGAGAUGCAUUCUCACAAGGGCAGAGUGUGAUCUCAACGACAUUAAAGCAACGUUUCGACGAACUUACGGAAGAUCUUUGUAUAAUAUGGUUGAGAAAGAAUGCAUUGGCAAAUAUAAAACAUACCUUCUGGAUGUUAUUGGAAAAGGGAACAAUGGAAAAAAGAAAAGAUCAAGGAUUUGGAGCAAAAUGAAAUGAAACACCCUAUAAAAUAUUUGUUUAUAGUACAUUUUGUGAAUAGAAUUCAAAGAAGCGGAAUUUCGUGAAAAAUUUUAAAUCUUAAUAUGUAUGUCAUUUCAUUGACAAAUGUGAUAUGUCUUUCAGAGUAUUUGAUAGAAAAUUUAUUCACUUUUUCACGUAAUCAAAAUGUAGCAAAUAAUGCCAAAAUUAAAGAUAAUUGUCAGCAAGUUUCUAGGGUAAAGUUGUUUACCCUAGUAAUAUUGAACAAUGAUUUUGAACAGUAACUUUACAGUAUCCCAUUGAUCUUCAGAUUCUUUUCAAAUAAGCUAAUCUCAAAUUUACUAGAAAUGAAUAAAUUUUAACUACGAAUGGGUCUGACCCUAAUCAGACGCUUAUUUCUUAUGCUUAAAAACAUUUGCAUAUUCUCAUGCACGAAGGAAGAUUAUCAUCGAAAACAAGAAAAAUUGACAAGAAGGAUUUUUACUAACAGGAACAAUCUUACCCACAAGUGUAUCUAGAAAUUAGCUGACACCUCCCCCCUAUACCUUGCCUCUAAUAUCUACGAUGGCUGAUUCAACCUCCAAAUCUUCAAUUGUUGUCUAAUAUUUUGAUCUUCUAGUACCCUUUAAAUCCUCAGUCGCUAGUUUUUAGAAGCAGCUUAACAGUACAUCAAAGUACAUCCCAAUUUUUUGCGUUUUCUGUGAAUUUGGUUCAUGGUAUUUUGAUGCAUAUCUUAAACGUGUCUUGAAUUUGAAGAGAAUUUUUUCCAAGCAUUUUAAGUCUUUAUCAUUA